AUGAUGGCGGAUGAUCCUGCCUCGGCAGCGUACUCCGAAUAUGGAAAUAUGCAGUCCGAAGAGCCCUAUGGUGGAGAAGAUAGUAGGCGCAGUGUCCCGGCAGAAGAGCGUGGAAAGUACGCUGAGAAGCUCUUAAUCAAGCAUCUACUACAUGACUAUGAUCCGCGUGCAAGGCCUGUUGUCGACGCAAUGUCACCGAAGAUAUUUAUUUCGAAAAACUUUGUUCGGCAGAUUACAGUGUCUUUCGGAAUGAGUUUGAUACAAAUUCUAGAUUUAAAUGAAAAUGAGCAGGUCCUUACUACUAAUGUGCAGACUUUAUACGUAAGCUGUCGGUAG